UCGUGAUUUAUCUUAUGUGGUACACCCAUKAUGUUUGUUCAUGAAAAGACUGGUKGGGGGGAGAGGAAGGAAGUCCAUAAGAAUAACUGAACUGUGUUAAUUUAUUUUUAGACUUUUAUGGAGUCUACUCGAGCCCUGAUCUUUACAUGGAAAUAACAGAAAAUUCCAAGAAAUGGAAGCCGCUGCUAGUAAAAGAAGAAAAGCUGAGUAUCAUCAGGGUUAAUAGCUCCUAUUUGAGAUCCAUGAAUGAUUACAGAGUUACUUUCCUAUAUCGAACUUUCAAGUUCCAUUAAUAAUAUGCUGCCUCUCCAGGACACAGGUGCACUCAUGGAACAAAGGCUAUUUAUUCAUCACAUGGAAUAGAAGAGCUAGAGGAACAAUGGCUUCAAAGGUCUCAUGCUUAUACAUUUUGACAGUAGUUUGUUGGGCAAGCGCUCUUUGGUACUUAAGUAUAACUCGUCCUACUUCUUCCUACACAGGCCACAGACAGGUCAGUAGUAUAUCCAUAGCCAGAAAAAACGUUUCCUUYGGCAACAUAAGAACUCGACCUAUAAAUCCACAUUCCUUUGACUUCCUUAUCAAUGAGCCCAACAAAUGUGAGAAGAGCGCCCCAUUCUUGGUCAUUCUUAUCAGUACAACUCAUAAAGAGUUUGAUGCAAGGCAAGCCAUUCGAGAAACGUGGGGAGAUGAAAACAACUUUAAAGGAAUUAAAAUCGCCACAAUAUUUCUUCUUGGAAAAAAUUCAGAUCCUGUGUUAAAUCAAAUGGUAGAGCAAGAAAGCCAAAUUUUUCAUGACAUUAUUGUGGAGGAUUUUAUUGACUCUUACCAUAACCUCACUCUGAAAACAUUGAUGGGGAUGAGGUGGGUAGCAACAUUUUGUUCAAAAGCAAAGUACGUUAUGAAAACAGACAGUGAUAUUUUUGUAAAUAUGGACAAUCUUAUUUAUAAGCUGCUCAAACCUAACACCAAGCCAAGGAGAAGGUACUUCACUGGCUAUGUUAUAAACGGAGGACCAAUACGAGAUGUUCGCAGCAAGUGGUACAUGCCCAGAGAUUUGUAUCCCGACAGCAAUUACCCUCCCUUCUGUUCAGGCACUGGCUACAUUUUUUCAGCUGAUGUAGCAGAAAUGAUUUACAAAACCUCCCUUCAUACCAGACUUCUUCAUCUUGAAGAUGUGUACGUUGGACUAUGCCUUCGGAAACUGGGCAUUCACCCCUUCCAAAACAGUGGCUUCAAUCACUGGAAAAUGGCCUACAGCUUGUGCAGGUACCGCAGAGUGAUCACUGUGCACCAGAUAACACCAGAAGAAAUGCACAGAAUUUGGAAUGAUAUGACCAGCAAGAAACAUCUUAGAUGUUAAAAUUUUUACAGAUGUAAAUACCUUUUUUAAAAAUUUUGGUUGAGUUUGGUUAUUUUUUGACAAAGUGAUCUGCUGAUUUACAGGUUAAACUGUGGGAUAUUAACUGUGAGAGGAUUUUUAAUGACUGAUUUUUCAUUCUCGCUUUGACUACUGGUUUACAAACUUCAGGCUCUUUUUCAUAAGGACAUUAUGCCAACUGAAAGAAUCUAGAGUGAAAUCUCGGAUUUUGUAUAUUAUCAUCUAUUGCACAUAUCAGUUCUUGCAUCUGUGUGUAAAAGGACAGUAAUAAACUAAUUUGAGCUGCUUAACAACUCACACCCCAGCCUCUGAGAUAAGACUCAGGCCCUGAGAAAUGAAGAACUACUAAUACACAAAAGUGUUCUUCUUUUGACACCCUACAACAGUCUCUAUUUAGAGCCUAAUAAAUUUAGGCAGCAUACAUUUGCACUGAGCGUAUAUACCUACUCUGGCGUGUAUUUUAUAGUACAAUGUGUGCAAGUCCCAAAUAGCUUACUAAUGGUGUAAUAGCAGAAUUUAGACAGGUAAGAACAUCAGAGUUUCAUUGGCCUUAGAAACCAACCCACACACUGAAAUACAUUUUCAUUCACCAAAUGGUGUUUUCUUUGAAUUAUUUCAGAAUAACCCGUUUUUUACACUUCCUACAAUAGUUAAAUAAAAUAUGUAACRCAAUUUACAAAUUAAGUAGAAGCUGUAGGCAAAAUAAGAUGGGGAGAGGUAUGAAAAACUAUCUUAAAAAUAUAUGAGAAAAGCAUUAAUAUCUUAAUUUCAAAGCAAGGCAAUGUCUGUCACUAGUAUCAAUGGAUUCUCUGUUAAACAUCUUGAAUAGCAAUAUAUAAUGAUACUAAAUGCUGCAAGUAUCAAUAAGCAGCAUAUUUCUUCAACAUCAGUCAGUGCACUAUUUACCUAAAAAAAAAAGUAAAACAAAAGCAGCUUUUUACGGGUAAGCUUUACUUUUUGCUGCAGUGCAUAUAGGAACAAGAGUCUAAUGGUGUAGAAAAGAAUAUAGUCCAAUGAAAGAAUUCAAUCAAUUUUCUCUUGAUUGGGCAAGAAUACAUAACAGUUAAGUAUAAAUUUCAUAGYCAAAUAGUGGGCUUUUAAAGAAAUACUUAAAACCCCCCAGGUUCUCAGCUUUUUAAAAAAACUUUUAAAGCUCUUGGUUUACUCAUCACAGUCAACACAUACAGAGAUCCCACUCAGUAGAUCCCCUGGACAAGCAACAGAAAUCCARUACACAAGAUUUAUUCAAGUUUCAUAAUGUGCUUGUGUGUGUUUUGAAUAUGAAUGUUUACGAAACGUCACGCAAACUCUUCAAUAAAUUAAGGCCAUUUCUAUUCAGCACCGCCUUAUAACAAAGAGGUGAAAUAUUAUAAUGCUCAGCAAAUAACUUGGAAUGAAAAACUCACACACAAGUUACAAAACCCCAAAACUCACCAAGUAUAUUAUUAGCUGUAGAUUACUCAUGCUGUCCUCAGCACACACAGUCUCACUCAUUGCAGCUGGCAUUAUGUGCAACACAUGCAAAACUGUUAAGUCUGURUGUUAUUCAGGAUGUUUAAAAAAUUGUCAGAAAUAACUGAAUAAGGAAACAGGAAAACUUAGACCUUAUUUUGCCAUAGGUGUACACAGCACUUUAAACAGUAACAGAGAAAUGAAGAUGUGAUCCCCUAAACAGUUUGGAGUUUCAUGGCAAAUUGUUAGUCUUGUUCACAGAUGCAGCAGUAUCCUUUCAAAAAAAACUAUAUGCAAAUAAGGUAAAGUGUAUCUGGCCUUUAAGUCACUAGCAGGAGCCUUCUCAAGGAAAAACAUUUGAGAUUUAAAAGUGAAGCUCCACAACAGACAGCCCAGGAGUUACUGUUAGCAGCAGCUUGUGUACCCUUCAUAAAUAAUACGACGCAAAACAAAACCCUAUAAUUUUUAUAAAAAUGCCAAAUUUGUUGCAGUGUAAUUAUGAUUCCCUAGUUGAUCUAGUCCAUGUUAAAGUUGCUCUGUCCUAUCAAACUCAGAACUCCCAACAUACAACUGCACUAAUUGCRUAAGUGAAUAUACAACACGCUGAUUGGGUGAAUUUGAGAUUUCCUUAUAUAAGUCCCACAAUAUGCUUGGUUUUGAAUGGAAAUGAGGGUAGAAUUCAUCCCCAGCCCUUGGGUAAAUCAGACAGCACAGGUACCAUCCUACCAGAGACACAGCUUGUAAUGGUUUGAACUCACAGGCUGCAAUCACUUCUACUAUCCCUCUGCACUGUGCAGUAAUUUGGGGGUUCUGAAUCACAAGCAAAUGGAUUUGGUUGCCUUAUUUCUGCUGAUACUUCUGUGGCCUUUGGUUAGUAACCAGGAGGACAGCAGGGCUCCCAAUCCAGAUACCUCAGGGCUCAAGCAGCAUGGUAGCCUUGAAUUUCUCCUAGUACAAGUAGACUGCAUUAAUAAUUACAAGGUACACCUUGAAAAUAGUAUCUGAAAAAAUAUAUUUCCUGCCAUUUAUAAAUAGAUAGACCUUCAACAGAAAUGUAAAUGCUCAUCUUGAAACUGAUGUACAUAUUUCUAAGGCAUUUUCUUCUGUAUUCAGCUGUAUAUAUGUGUAAGUCUGCUUGCUAUGUAGCAUUCUGUUAUGCAUGGAGCUGAGUGAGGCAUUAUAUUUGUCCAGUGUUUCAAGAGCCUUAAGCAUGUGUGCCCUAACUUUUGAAUGUACAAGAGACUUUUUCUUUUGCUGUCAAGUGAAUUUAAAAAAAAACACAACAAAAGCCUAAUUUUCUACUUCUAUUAAUUUUCUGGUAUUAGACUUCACUAGCUCGUUACACUUAGGUUUAUUAUUUUCUCUUUGAGCAGAAAUUUUAGUAUUGGAACCUGGAUAUAGAAAGGUAACAAUACAUCUACUCAUAGGGACAGUUGUCCCUUCCACUCAGUUGUAUUUGUGCCAUGUGGGCUCCUGAUAAGAAACCAGUUUUCAACAGACUUCCUUAAAUCAAAAAAAAUAUUUACAUUAUUUAAAGGUCAUUUUGUUUCAUUUAGGCAUGGGACAAAUGACAACUUGGUUAAACAUGCUGGCUUCUAGUCACUUCAAAAGUGUAACUGUCAUAUUUUGAUUCCAAAAUGUACAUGAACAAAGCACAUUGAGUGAAGCAGCUGGGGGGAAGUGCCUCUCUUUAGGAGGAAUUUUUCCACAAAAGCAUUUUUUUCUUUUUUUAUUUUGCUAAAACCAUGAGAGUUUUUAAACAGAAGUCUCAAAGUUGAUUUUUCACAUUUCCUAAUAAUAAUGUUAAGCAUCAAUUUUGAGGAUUUUUUUGUCGUUAUAAUGUAGAUGGUAAUGGCAAUUUGUAAAUGAAGAGUGUAAUUAACUAGAAAAGCUUGUCAACAGUAACCGAACUUUAGGUGUAUCAUUAUAUAUGACUGGCUGUAUUUAUUUGUCUAAAUUGUAUAUAUUGUUUUAUCUAUAGUGUCUGUAGGAGUGCAUUCUUUUAGAUUAAUGUAUUAUUUCCAGUUUUGUGGGAUUGCCAGCAAAGCUGCUAAUCAAGAUACUAUUUUUUUUGUAUCCAUGUCAAAUAAUAAAAAAAAAAACCAAAAAAAACCAAA